GAGCUCAGUCAGUGAAUUCACACCGGUGAGUGAGGGUGUGCGUGAGUGAGUUGCCGUACUAGUGAUGUUUAGGUCAUGGGCUGGUAGUGGAAUAUAAAUCAUCAUGGGUCUCAUGCCUCUGGAGUUUAAGGACUGUCUCACGGACAGUCCUUACUUCCGGGAGAAGCUGCACACGCACGAGAAGGAGCUGGACCAGACUAAUGCGGCCAUCAAGGCGCUCAUCAAGGAGGUGAAGGAGCUCUACCAGGCCGCCAGAAAUCUGUCGCGCGCCAAGAGGAACCUGAGUAACAAUCUGGUACGCUUUCGGUUUGAGUGUAUCGGCAACAGUCAGACGGACGACGAGAUUGUGAUCGGCGGAUCCCUGCGAGAGUUUGCCAAGAUUAUCGACCUGGUGGAGGACGAGAGGGAGCGUAUGCUGGAACGUUCCUACGACCAAAUCAUUCGGCCGCUGGAGGCGUUCCGCAAAGUGGCCAUCGGCGGCGCCAAGGAAGGCAGGAAGAAGUUUGAGAAGCAGACUCAGAAAUUUUGUCAAUCCCAGGAACGCUACCUCAACCUGUCCACCAAGAAGGAUGACCAGGUGCUGCAAGAGGCUGAUGCAUCCGUGGAAAUGGAACAGCGGCAUUUUGUCCACGCCUCACUCGAUUACGUCUUUCUGCUGCAGGAGGUUCAGGAGAGAAAGAAGUUUGAGUUUGUUGAGACGUUGCUGAGUUACAUGUACAGCUGGCUGACCUUCUACCACCAGGGCCACGAGGUGUUCAGCGACUGCAAUCCCUACAUGCGUGACCUCCAAGUCAGAGUGCAGAGGACCCGGGAGAACUUUGAGGCCACGCGGGCAGAAUCAGUACAGCUGAAGAACAAGAUGCUGGAGGUGCGUAAGACGAAGUCAGUGGAUCCCGGCAACAUGGACAAGAUGUACACUAGACAAGGCUACCUCUUCCUCAUGGAAAAGAAGGCAUUUGGCACCACCUGGACCAAGCACUAUUGCCUCUAUCAGAAAGAGAACAGAGUCUUCACCAUGAUCCCAUACAACCAGAUCCAGCACAAGAUUACCUCAACGGAGACUAUUGUGCUUCGCUCCUGUGUGCGACGAAUGUCCGACAGCAUAGACAAGAGAUUCUGCUUUGACCUGACAGCGCAGGACCGGCCGGGAGUGCAGUACACUCUGCAGGCGCUGUCUGAGGAUGACCGCAAGCUGUGGAUGGAUGCCAUGGACGGGAAGGAGCCGAUGUAUGCACACCCCACGGGAGCACCAGGAGCACAGGAGGAGACUUCUCUGGAUGAGGCCGGCCAGAACUUCACCUCCAGAGCAAUAGCCAUGCUGGAGAGCAGAGGGUUGGAAGACCAGGGUCUGUACCGGUUGGUUGGGGUGUCCAGCAAGGUGACCAAGCUUCUCCAGUUGGGUCUUGACCGUCGGAAAGCAGAUAAGCUAAUGCUGGACGACACCGCUGAAUGGGAAGUCAAGACCAUCACCUCAGCCAUCAAGCAGUACUUCCGCAACCUGCCUGAGCCACUCAUGACCUACAAGCUGCACAGUGCCUUCAUUGCUGCUGCCAAGCAAGACCAGCUCUUCCGCCGCGUCCACGAGAUCCACAGUCUGGUCCACAAGCUACCAAAGACAAACUUCAUGGUUCUCAAGAUCCUCAUUCAGCAUCUGGUGAAUGUGGCCAGCAAGAGUGAGAAGAAUUUGAUGACCGUGAGCAACCUUGGGGUGUGCUUCGGCCCAACACUGCUGCGGCCGGAGGAGGAGACUGUUGCUGCCAUUAUGGACAUCAAAUUCUGUAAUAUUGUGGUGGAGAUCCUCAUUGAACACUUUGAGAAGAUCUUUGGCACCCAGCCGGAGUCAUCUUCAGAAGGGAGCAGGAAUUUGGAGGGUGUAGGCUCUCACGCCACCAGCUCCACCACCACCACCACCACUGUCAGCAGACAGACACAGCAGAAGACUUCCUCAUCCCCAUCCUCCACUCGGUCUUCCCACAACCAUCACACCUCCUCAUCCACAUGCUCUUCCACCAUCACCACCACCAAUGCCAGCCAAAGCUCCAAGCAUCCGCCAGUCAUACAGAAGGUUGUGACAUCCUUCACCACCAGUGAGCCACAAACAGUGCAUUUUGGCAUGCCCUCUAACCAGCCAGGCCACUUACAACGCUCAGAUGCCAUGUCCCAACUGAAGACACAGACCACACCUUCCUCUGGAGGAUACAACAACCUAUCUGUCCCUCCCCCUCCCUCAGCCACUCACCACUGGAACAACAACAACUCUGCAUCUAGUCUUGCCUCAGGGCACAACCUCCAUGCAUCCCUGGUGUCACUUGGUUCAUCUGUGGGCAGCUCCAUAGCCUUGGGUAGCUCAUAUGACACUGUCCCAAGCCGGCCAGCACGACCCCCAGCUCCCUCCAAUGGUCAGUCCAGAUCCAUGGGGGGUGGUGCCCUCUCCUUUGUCAACCCCCUGUCUGCAGACCGGAAUGAUGGUGUCCAGAGCACAAGCAGCUCCAGUGAGUCCCUGUCUUCCCGGUCGUCCCGGGAACUGCCCCAGCCACUCCCCAGCUCCCUCUCCUCCUCCCCGCAGACAAGUAAGAGGCUCCACCACAGUGGUGCGCCCCCCAAGCUGGGAGCUAAUGGCCCUCAUCGCGACUACCGUGUGCAGCAGACAAACCAUUAUGCGUAUAACAGCACUUGGUAUGUUUCCCUUCCAGAUGUGAGACUGGGAGCAGCAUACCCGCCCACCUACCGCCAGCACAUAGAGACCCUGUACAAGAGGCAGUCUCUGGAGUUCCUCUACUCAUCAAUGAACUCCAUCACAGGGUCACAGUCCACCCUCCUGCCACCCACCAGCUCCUCACCACCACCACCUUCCUCCAUACCCACCUCCAAUGGAACCAUCAGUUUUCAACCCAGACGAGUAAGAACCUUGUAUGCAUGUGUCGGGGAGAACGAGUCUGAACUUUCCUUUGAGCCAAACCAAGUCCUGACCAACGUUCGGCCAUCACAGGAGCCAGGUUGGCUAGUGGGCACACUAAAUGGCAGGACAGGCCUCGUACCGGAGAAUUACGUGGAAGAUAUUGAAGACAAGCCUCCACCGUCACGCCUCUUGUCCCAACGCAACACAGAUGUUUAGCAGGGCCUUCCCAGGAGGCAUGUAUGUGAGUGGUCUUCUGUGGGACACCUGACACUCCUGCACAAACAAAAGCCACACAAAGGAGGCUAUAUGGGCAUACAUAUUCCUGUUGGGGUGUGACAAAUGUUGCCCUCACAGUGAUGCAAUUAUCUAUGAGCCUUAAACAGCUCCCAGGAAGAAUGCUGCCACCCUGUUUUUUCAUCCCUGGUGAGAUUUCAAAGAAGCUUCAAUGCCAUAUCAAAUUCUCAGAUGUAUAGAUAUUUUCUCAGUGGUAUUCAUGUACAGAAAAUAUGAAAGUAUAAAUUCCCUGAGGAAGUGAGCCUUGUUGGGAGUGGAAAUGCUUUAUAUGAAUCAAAAUGAACUAUGGCGUGCCAGGCGACAGCAGCACCCAGCGUGUGGGUGUGGCUGCUGCAGGCGGUGAUGGCACCAUCAUCCCUCCAGGUGGAGGUGCAUGCACAGGACUGUUGAUGAGUGCAGCAGCCCAACAUAUUCUGAACUCAGAGUGAGUCAGGAUGAGAAAAAAAUUUUGUAACAUAUUUACAAUUAGCAAUAUCCAAAGGUCUUGCCUAAUAGUCUGCACUUGAUAGCUUGGUGUACAAGUCUUUUUGUUUUGGUCUUAAGGAUGAAUAGAGGAAAACAGUGUUAAAAGGUAUAACAUUCUGCUGAACUCAAGCCUGUUUAAAAUGGUUGGAGAAGAACACUGAUUGUCACUUGUAUAGAACUUCAUUACAGUUGCAGUCACACUCAACCUCAAAUUAUAUUUGAAAAGAACACAGAAUAUUGACAAAAGAUCUAGUUCUAUCAGUAGUCCAAAUAAGCCACCCUACCAGCCCAGUUUCUUCAAACUUCCUAUGCCUACGUUGUUAGAGUAAAAGCUGCUUUGUGCUUGUCAAUAUAGAGUGCUUAAAUCUCCCUUCUAAUACUCGGUAGCAAUGCCAGAACACAAACCAGAGGCUGCUUCUGGUUCUGCAUUAAAGGCAUAACUAUAUAUGUUUUUUUCAAAUGUUCCAAGUCACAGUUCAUGGUUACUUUGCUCUCUUGUAUUGGUCAUGAAAGGCUGGAAUGUACACUAUUAUAAGACAUGAAAGGAAAGGUUUGUGUGAUAGAAAAUGGAUCAGGAAGAAUAUUUAUUGAUGUAAAAUUUGGAAGGAAAGAUGGCUUAGUCAGUGUUGAUUAUAGCAGACUGCAAGUGUUGUCAUAUGUGGGAGCAGCAUUUCAAUUGCUGGGAAGGUUAUUGGACUGAUGUUUCUUGGCUUCUUGGAGAAGGCUUUGGCAAGCACAACACAGUGGCGUGCACCCAUCAGAGAGGAUUAAGGAAGGUCUUGCAUGCCAGGUUAUCAUGUGCAGAUUAUAGUGAAGAGUCCAGUGUAGGCAUUGCCCUACACAUUUAUGCAGUAUGUUGAUUUUUAGCAUAUAUAUGCUUCAUUUAUUUAUUUUCUUCUAUUAUGAAGGUUUAAACAUAGUACCUUGAGGUUUAAUAAAAUGUAUAUUUUUAAUAUUAUAGCACAGUUGGCUGGCUUAGAUUGAUGCCCGGUGAGUGAGUAAUGAGUUGGUGGUGUAACCUUCCAAGGUGCAGUAGUAGUGAGAGGGUAUCCAAGCCACCUGAUGCAAGGUAGAGCCAGCAGAGGGCCAGGUCACCAGGGGUAGGAGAGGGUGUGCCUGGUCAGCAUGUCUUUAGUUUAACAAAUGUGACCGUGAUGACCUAGUCUGAACCAAAUCUGGACAAUGUACUGAUGUACAUUUAGCCUCUCCAUGUAAGUAAAAACAACAUUGUACAUUUGAUUAUUUGUAUAUAUUGGUGAAUAAGUUUUGCAUUAUGUUUGUUUUCUAUUAGAUAUGUUUUGUUUCUGAGCAGUGUAGUGGAAUCUCACCCUGCACUGCCUUGCAGAAGUUAUUAUGGUUACUUUGUAAGUUCUGUCUUCACAUUAUACAGAUUUGUUUUAGUAGCCAGUGUAUAAACACGUCAGAAUGUCAGGUUAUAUAAAAGCCCGAAGUACAUCGGAGUGCUAUUGUGAAAUGAUGAGCUAGUGAUAUAAAAAAAUUAACUUACAAAAUUUGAAUUGUUCAAAUCAUAAGAUGCAAAAAAAGAAUAAGAUUACUUUUCCUGAUACAUUGUUGAAUUUUGCGUAACAAAGGUUUGAUCAGAUUACAAACUACCAUCACAUCUCAGAUUAUUUGUAAGUUUCCAAGUGGCAAGUUGUUUUCCUCUAUAAAGUAGAACCAAACCUGUGAAGUUGAGACAAAAGACAAGAGUGUUGAGGGCAGGUGGUGCAUUACCUGAACCCUGUUGUACAUCCCCGUUUCUCUGUGGAAGCUGUAUAUUUGUGGUCUUCACCAUAAGGUCUUAACAUUGUGGAUGUAUGCAGCUAGUCAUAUCUGUUGUUGAGUCACAGGAAGGCAAGGGGAGUGCUGGGUGCUGGAGGCUGUCAGGAUGUUUUGCUAAAUUAGUAGGUAUGAAAUUGCAUAUAUUGAUGGAGAGAGGAAGUGUACUGAUUUGUUAAUCAGUAAUCAACUUAUCAUUUUAAUAUAACAAUAUUUUCACUUGAGUUACUUCAUUCUGAUAGAUUCAGAAGAGUAACUACUACUACCACCACCACCACCACCACCACUGCUGUUGCUGAGUCACAUUGCUGCCAUCAACAAAACUGUGGUGUGUAUUUUGGAAACUGCAACCUUUGGUUGCAGAUGAAUGGUAUUUAUUAUUUUAUAUGUUCAGUCGCUAUUGGACAUGAAGAAUGCAUUUCAGAUAUUUUUGCAGAUUAAUCUGUUUUCAUUAUUCCAUUUUCUCCAUUCCACUUUGUUGUUUUCCUCACACCAGUUGCUUUCUCUGGUAGUUUCUAUAAAUCAUUCCAUCAAGAGAAUUAUUUCCUCUCAGUAAUGGCUUAGUUAUGAUUAUGAUUAUUAUUAACUUGCUUUUCCCUUAUGUUUUUAAAAGCAACAUCUUUGCAUUUUGAAAUAGGUACUUAUAUCAAAAGUAACUUCUUGGUAUUGUGUAGGAGACUGAGAUUAGGGACAGUUGUUCUUGCCUGGAGGGAAUUAGCUUUAUUGAGUAGUGAUAGCCCGUUUCACUAUGGCAGGACACUCACAACCGUAAAUCAUAUAUGAAGUUGUCCUGGGAUGGGGAGCCCCUCAAACUACACCUGUUACCAUGGUUAGAUAUGGUUGACCAACAAAAAACCAGCAAUUGAUACUCUGGAAACAUGAGUUUUCCGGCAUGACUGUUGGAGCUCCCUUUUAAAUUUAGCGUGUUAGUGUGUGGAGCACUUUUUAAAAAUUAUUUUGUUGACAUGCCAUUGUUUUCUGGAGGCAGUGCUUAUGUUCUGAUGGCGCUGUACCACAAAAUCAUGUGUUUGGUCCUGCUUCCAAGACUGACAGACAUUUCUUCUCAUUAAAUCAUUGAUUUGCUACAGUACGUAUAGCAUCAUUAUGGAUUCAGCAAAGAAAACAAGUGGUGCAAGACACAAACACUGCACUCCUGGUUCCCGAGAAAGUGAAAGUGCUAAAAAUUUAAUUUGCUUUAGAUUAAGUGUUUGAUUUUCUUCUUUUGAAGCACAGUGUAGGUGGUCCAUUUCUGUUGAAUAUAUACCAGCACAUACAGGUGAACCUCACAUAUCCAGCAACUUCCGGACCUGAGUCUUGCCACUACCUGACCACGGAAAAUUAUGGACUGCAGGUGGUCCAUAAAAUUCCACAGAAUACCAUCUCCCAUAUUCUACAAACAUAACAUGAUCCCAAAGUGUUUCUUAUACAAAUUUAACAAUAUAUAUCAGUAACAAUGAGUAAAUGAUGUCCCUCUGAUGCAAUACAGUAUUAUCAUAAAUAAGUGCUGGGAGUGCUAUGAUCAGUCUUGCUAACUCAAGUAAACCUUGCCAAGCUGUCUUACACAGUCUACAUGUGUCGGGACGGUACAGCAUAGACAGACACGUCAAAUAUCCAGAAUUGUUAAAAAUCUGACUGUUCUCAGGUCCUGAGGUUGCUGGAUCUUCUAUAGUCAACUGUAUUCCUUCCUCAUCUUUCCUGCCCUAUCAUUUUAUUUAUAUAUUUCAAUAAAGGUACAAUAAGUGUGUGUGUGUGUGUGUGUGUGUGCAGGCCAUUGAAAUGUGGAGUUAUUGGAUUAUUUCAUAUUGUACAUUUACACCAAUUUUUAGUCUGUAUUUUGAAUCUCUCACACUCUCUCUCUCUCUCUCUCUCUCUCUCUCUCUCUCUCUCUCUCUCUCUCUCUCUCUCUCUCUCUCUCUCUCUCUCUCUCUCUCUCUCUCUCU